AUGUAUGACAUCUACAUCGAAUUUCAGGCCGCCAUAACGCCUCCCAUUCCCCCGUCAAUUCCCAAUCCUGUCAUCGACACGAGAAAUCCCAUUUCCGCUGACGGAGUCGAUCUCUACCACCCCGAUAAAUGGUUCUCCUUGUAUCCCAUCAACGACGACAGUCUCUGGACAGGCGAUGCUGGAAAAUUCGGAAGCAAGCUAUAUUUCGGUGGCAACUCGUACAGUGAUGGCAUGUGCUUUCAGCUUUCCAAACUUGAUCGGAAGACACAGAUCCGCUCCUUGACGGUUCGACCGAUGUUCCCGUUGAAUGCUCCAUUAUACCAUACCAUUGGAUAUAGUUCCGAGCCGCAUGAGGGUUUUGUUUUGGUCCCGAAGGGUUUGCCCAGCAUAGUUAAUGCUCUUAAAGGCAGUUAUGCAGAGGUAGAGCGUCUUGAAGACAUCGACGAUGCCUCACCUUUCCAGUUUGUCGCUUGA